AGCGAUGGCGAGCCCGUGGGUGCUGCUGCUGGCGGUGCUGGGGGGCGCCUGCGCCCUCCCCGCCCCGGCGCCCCUCUCGUACACCGAGGCGCUGGCGCAGGCCGUGGAUUCCUACAACGGACAGCCCGAGGUGCAGAACGCCUUCAGGCUGCUCAGCGCCGAGCCCGAGCCCGGCCCGGGCGUGGAGCUGAGCUCGCUGCGGAAACUCAACUUCAGCAUGAUGGAGACGGAGUGCGCGGCCAGCGCCCGCGCCAACCCCGACGACUGCGACUUCAAGGAGAACGGGGCCAUCAAGGAGUGCUCGGGGCCGGUGCAGUUCCGGCAGGACGCGCCCGAGAUCGACCUGAGCUGCUCCGACGCCUCCUCCGACCCGAUUCUGAUCCAGCGCGGCCGCUUCGGGCGCUUCCUGAGGAAGGUUCGGCGCUUCCGACCCAAGGUCAAGUUCAACGUGCACCUGAGGGGCUCCGUGGGGCUGGGCUGAGCAAUAAAGGAGCCACCGGGAGUGGCCGUG